UUAUUUCCAGUUCCGAAGCGGACGCCAAGCCGUGGCCGUGCGCGUCAGCCUGCCGCCGAACGCCGACAACACUUUUCAAUGUCAAAGAUCUGUUAAUGGAGUGAAAUUAACGAAUUAAAAUGGCUCAGCAGAGGCUUCUUGGGACGCCAAAUAUGCCGCCUGCAGUUUCUCCCGGACCUCAGAGGUACCCUCCACCAUCAGGAGUACCCGCUUUAAGGCAAUAUGCAGGCCCAAAUUUUCCGCAAAGACCUGGCUUUCAAGGUGGCCCACAACCGCCUAUGGGUAACAAUGCAGGUCCAGGUAUGAUGCCACCCAGACCGCAAGGACCACAACAACCAUCGUACAAUCCCAUGGGCAGACCAGGGGGAAAUCCCCCUCCUAUGCCUGUCGGUGGAAAACGGCCCUCUGAUGUGCGACCGACCGCUGUUCAAAAGACAGACUUUUCACAACAUGUUCCUAGCAAAAAGAAAAAGAAGCUAGCCGACAAAAUUUUGCCUCAAAAAGUUCGUGAUUUAGUGCCAGAAUCUCAAGCUUAUAUGGAUUUGUUGGCAUUUGAGAGGAAGUUAGAUUCCACCAUCAUGAGAAAACGUUUGGAUAUUCAGGAGGCACUGAAGAGACCAAUGAAGCAGAAGCGCAAGCUUCGAAUUUUUAUUUCCAACACAUUUUAUCCCGCCAAGGAACCAGGAGACAAUGAGGAGGGUAGUGUUGCCAGUUGGGAACUACGUGUUGAAGGACGUCUUCUAGAAGACUCAAAGAAUGACCCAAAUAAGGUGAAGCGCAAAUUCUCAUCAUUUUUCAAGAGUCUUGUCAUUGAAUUAGACAAAGAUCUCUAUGGACCUGACAACCAUCUUGUUGAAUGGCAUCGCACUCCUACAACUCAAGAAACCGAUGGUUUUCAGGUUAAAAGACCAGGAGACAAAAAUGUUCGAUGCACAAUUUUGCUAUUGCUGGAUUAUCAGCCCCUGCAAUUCAAAUUGGACCAGCGUUUGGCUCGAUUGCUUGGUGUUCAUACUCAAACUCGACCUGUCAUAAUCCAGGCUUUAUGGCAGUAUAUAAAGACCCACAAGUUGCAGGAUUCACAUGAGCGAGAAUACAUCAACUGUGACAAAUAUGUGGAACAAAUAUUUUCAUGCCCACGGAUGAAGUUUGCUGAAAUUCCACAGCGCCUGAAUCCACUUCUUCAUCCUCCAGAUCCAAUUGUUAUCAAUCAUAUCAUCAGCGUGGAGGGAGCAGAGCAGAAACAAACAGCUUGCUAUGAUAUUGAUGUCGAGGUUGAUGAUACUCUGAAAACUCAAAUGAACAACUUCUUGCUGUCUACUACUAGUCAGCAAGAAAUUCAGAAUUUGGACAACAAAAUACAUGAAACUGUUGAAUCUAUAAAUACACUCAAAACUAAUCGGGAGUUCUUCCUGAGCUUUGCCAAAGAUCCACAACAGUUUAUCAACAAGUGGCUCAUAUCACAGACCCGUGACUUGAAGACAAUGACUGAUGUUGUUGGCAACCCUGAAGAAGAAAGACGGUCAGAAUUCUUCUAUCAACCUUGGGCCCAGGAGGCAGUGUGUCGGUACUUCUACACUAAAGUGCAGCAGAAACGUGCAGAACUUGAACAGGCUCUUGGAAUACGCAACAAUUGAACAGCAUGACUCACCCAUCCUGAAGACAGUGCAAACACUUCCAACUCCCUUUUAUCUUUAGCUGACUUAACUCUUGAUAAAGCAAUCAAUUACCUGUGUCAUGUAGAGUGUAUGUGUAAUCUAUAUGCCUGUAAGCUUUCAUUCCUACUGUUUAUUAAUUUUAUAUACACAACUUAUCAGAUCAACUUUUUGUAAAUAUAUGUUUGUGUUUUGUUAUAGCAAAUUGAAUGUAUCUUGCAUUUUACUCAAAGAAUAGCUACAACAAUCAGUUUAGAUUUAGCUGGUAAUUUGUAUUGUGUACAUAGUGAUUAAAUACCACCAUCAUA